AUGGCUGCAACUAUUGCAAGAGCAACAAAAAGGUUCAGAUCUCAAUGCUGGAAGGAGUAUGUUCCAAUACUCGAGGAUGAAGUGGUGGUUCAAGGAAAGUGCAAACAUUGUGAGCAUAUUAUUGGUGCGAAGCGUGGUUCAGGAACAAGCGCGCUUCUAACCCAUUUGAGGAGAUGUAGGAAACGGAGUAGGGCUCUCAGGAUAGUAGAAGACUUGAGCUCUACAUUGAGGUCUCCUUGUGGAAGUCGUUUAAAGGAUUGGAGCUAUGAUCCAGAUGUUUCACGAUAUCAUCUGAUGCGGAUGAUAUCCUUGCAUGGGCUUCCCUUCCUGGUUACGGAGUAUGAUGGACUUAGGAGCUUUGUUGAAAGCCUGAACCCAUUGUUUAAGAUGCCUUGCAGGACAACAGCUAGGAAUGGAUGCAUGAAAGCUUUUCAAGAGAUGAAAGCUGAGCUUAAGGAUAUAUUCAAGAAUGAAAAUUGUAGGUUCUCUUUGACAGCGGACAUGUGGACUAGCAAUCAAACCCUAGGCUACAUCGUUGUUACAUGUCAUUUCGUUGAUGCUAAUUGGAAACUACAGAAAAGGAUAAUCAAGUUUCUAGAUGUGAAGACACCGCACACUGGAAUGGAGUUAUUCAACCAGAUCCUCAACUGUGUUCAAGAUUGGUCAAUUGAAGACAAGCUGUUUGGGAUCACACUUGAUAAUGCUGCAGCAAACAAUACAAUGGCUGCCCUGUUGAAGAAAAAUCUUAUGGAUAAGAAAUAUAUACCAGCAGAUGGAGAUUUGCUUCACCAUCGGUGUGCUGGACAUGUCUUCAAUCUCAUUGUUAAGGAUGGGCUUACGUUUGUGGAACCAAUUGUUGAGGACAUUCGUGAGAGUAUCAAGUACAUUCGCUCUUCACAGUCUAGAAAACAAAUGUUCAAGGAAAUAGUUGCACGGUUAGGCAUUACAUCUAAGAAGAAGCCAGGCCUUGACGUGACCACACGUUGGAACUCAACGCUGUCAAUGCUUGAAGCAGCCAUUAAGUUUAGGGCAGCAUUUGACACACUAAAAUCAGAGGACCAAAAAUACACUUAUGCACCCUCUGCUGAACAAUGGACAAGAGCUGAAGUACUUUGUAAGGUGCUGGCAGUCUUCAAAGAUGCAACUGAAGUCAUCUCAGGCAUAGAAUACCCUACCUCAAACCUCUAUUUCCAUCACAUGUGGAAGAUCAAGCUAACUUUGGAACAAGAGUCAAACAUAGAAGUUGCUGAAAUUGCCAAUGUAUUGGAAGGGAUGAAGAAGAAAUUCAAGAAGUAUUGGAGAAUAUCAUAUAUACUGCUAGUUGUCCCUGUGGUUUUUGACCCAAGGUUUAAGCUUAAGUUUCUUGAAUUUCUUUUUACCAAGUCCUAUCCUAACACUGGCAAGCAAAAGAUUGAUGAAGUGAAAAAACUUGUGCUUGGGUUAUUUUCAUCAUAUUCAACUCAGCAAGCAGAGCAGCAAGUAAAGCAAGCUGAAAAUGCUGAAAAGAGUUCAGUAGGGGAAGAUGUAUGGGCUGCAUGGGAUCAGCAACUUCUCAAUGACCGUGAAACUCAUAUGGCCACAGAGCUUGAUCGAUAUUUGGAGGAGAGUCCAAUCCCACGGUCAGAAGAAUUCGAUAUAUUGAAGUGGUGGAUGGGCAACUCAUUGAAGUAUCCAACUCUUGCUCGCAUAGCACGGGAUUUGCUAGCUGUUCCAGCUUCCGCUGUAGCAUCUGAGUCAGCUUUUAGCACAGGAAAAAAAAUUAUCAGUGACCAUCGCAGCAGCUUAGCCCCCGAGAUGGUUGAAGCACUAAUAUGCACUCAGGAUUGGUACCGGGCAGCAGCAGGUACCUUAAUUUCGAACAUGCUGACUUAGUUCAGAUCCCUCAAGAGUGAAGAUGAAGGCUAGUGAGAGCUUCCUGAACCAACACUGAAGAGUGAAGAUGAACUGGAAAAACAAGAGGAACAGACAGAGACAGCAGGAAGUGGAAGGAGAAAUAAAAAUUUCUCAUCAGACAUUAUUAAGUUAUCCUUUGGAAUAAUGAGACGUUGAUAUCAAUACGUUGCAUAG